CACAGGAAGCAAAUAACUCUACCGACCUUUUUAUUUUUGAAGCGUCUGAGAAUUUGACCUUCUUUCCGUUGAAACGUUAGCUCAAAACAGAUCAGUGUGCGCGCACGCUUUUGUCUUUGGCAGAAGUUCAACAAAUUCAUCUGUGCAAGCAACAUUCGAUCGCAUCGCCUCAGGCGGAUAAAAGAAAACGAAAGGAUUCGCCACAGCAAGACGCUGCUGCGGAAGUUGAAUAACAGAUAUUUGCAAGUAAAACCUAAUCCAAAGUUUCAUCAACAGAGCAAGAUGUUCUCGAGAUAUGAGGUCCUUGUGUGCUUAUUUCUGAUCACUUUGGUAAUCUGCAUUGAAAGUGCUGGGAGCCCCCGGAGCAAAAAUUGCGAUAAGAAAUGCAGUGACCUACUCCGACGAGUACAGAAGAACCCACCCACUAAAAGCGCGAUCGAAAUACACACUGGUCUGUGUAAGGCAAGAUACCGCUGUUAUAAAGGCUUUAAGUUGGUUGGCAAGGAAAUACGGACUUGCAAGGGAGGGGCGUGGAUUGAAAGGAAGGAGCCCAAGUGUUAUGCUAAUACAUUCAAAGGAUCCUGUGGAAAACCUGAAGACAUCCCAAACGCCAAGUAUACGGGCACGAGUUUCAACUCCAAUGAUAGGUUGCAGUAUAGAUGUGAAAAAGGUUACACGCUCAUCGGACCUCGAAGAAGAAGAUGUGGAGCUGGUGGAAAGUGGUCCAAGGCUCCCAAAUGUUUACGGCCUUGCGGAAAACCGGAGGAUAUUCCGCACACCAAGGCUAAUGGAUCAAGUUAUAACUUUGAGGAUACUUUGACCUACAGUUGUGAAAAAGGCUACGCCCUAGAUGGACCGAAAAGCAGAACCUGUGGUGAAGAUGCAAAAUGGUCCGUUGGUCCUACCUGUACACCCAUCAAGUGCACUCAUCCUUUGAAAUAUCGCAAAUGGAAACUUCGAAACGGCAAUGUUUCAUCCUCUGACCCAGAAUUCUUCGAAGGUGCCACUUUGGUAUUUGAGUGCAAUGAAGGAUAUGAGCUCAGAGGCAGUGACACUAUGACUUGUUUGGAAUUUGGUUGGAGACCUCGCAGACCUCCAUAUUGCCUUAUUAAAACUUGUACCGACCCUGGGAGACCAGACAAUGGUGAUCGCUUUGGAUAUUUCUACGUCGGACGAACGGUACGGUUUUCCUGUCAGUCAGGUUUUGAAUUGCAUGGCUCCAGGGAAAGAACCUGCUUGGAAAAUAAAGAAUGGAGUGGCUCUUUGACUACCUGUCAAGACGGAAGGUCUGAUUGCCCAGUUCUUGGAACUCCCAUUAGCGGACGAAAAUACGGUAGCAAGUACAAUAAUGGAGAUAUCGUUACAUUUGAGUGUGACCCUGGAUUCGUCCUUAAAGGUUCUGCAGUAAGAAAGUGUUCAGAAAAUGGAACUUGGAAUGGAACAGAGGCAAUUUGUAGAGAUGAGGUUGAAGAUCGCUUUAAAGAUGUCAACACCACUGCUUAUAACUUUCGAAAAAACCUGAUUGAUCCUUUGUUGGAAUACACGUGCAAUAGUGACAACGCGACCGGGUGCAAUAAGACAAAGGGCCUUGGGAUGGAAAUUCGUGGAAGAGCCAUUAAUCUGAACGUAAAUGGCGGACUGGAUCUGGUGUUUGUCAUUGAUGCCUCCAGCAGUGUAAAGAAAGGCACUGAUUUUAAGAGUGGCUUGGAAUUCGCAAAAGAGCUUGUGAGAACCAUUGGAGCCAGCAAAAGGGCCGACGGAACCAGAAUAGCAGCAGUGUCAUUUGGUACUGAAGCAAGACUCGAGUUCAACUUGGGAGAGGCCACCGUGAAUACGAUGGAAAAGGCCAUCGAAGCCAUUGACAAAAUAAUGUACAUGGGAGGGGCUACUGCGUCCGCACUUGCUUUGGAAAUGGUGAGGAAAGUAGUUGUACCACAAGCUCGUUUAGACAGCCACCGGGUGAUGAUGUUUAUCACAGACGGAAUGUCGAACAUCGGUGGUCCUCCCCAGAAGGCAGCAGAAUAUCUUCGCGAGAACGAAAAAUUUGAAAUUUAUGCAAUAGGUGUUGGAAAAAAGGUUCGCAUUCGUGAACUGAUGGGCAUUGCGUCUGCUGACGAAAACGACGACCACGUGAUCUCCGUCAAAAAAUAUAAAACUUUGCAGGAAGCCAUCAAGAAAGCGGUGUACAUAAAGAUAGAUUAUUCUCCUUGUGGUGUGAGUCCAGUAGAAUUUAGAGCUCGAAUGGUUGGAGGUAAAAACUCUAAAAGAGGAUGGUGGCCCUGGCAGAUUGGACUAUACAAAAAUAACGAUGAAGGACUACAGCUUAUUUGUGGUGGUGCUCUGAUAUCUCGUCGCUGGAUUCUGACUGCAGCCCAUUGUUUUUACCACUGGAAUCCAAUAUUUCGGAGAUAUCGAUUCAGUGGAGACACUGGAGAAUACCUGGUAAAAGCCGGUGACCACAACUUAAAUAGGGAUGAACGAUCUCAACAGGACAUUCACCCAGAGAAGUUCUUUGUUCACCAAGAUUACGUGCAUGAUCUUAAAUACGUGAAUGACAUUGCUCUCAUCAAACUCAAAGACAAAGUGGAACUCAGCCCUUUUGUGCGAACUCUGUGUCUUCCAGAAAAGGAUGAAGGCGAUUUGGCAAUCCCCACGAAAUACGGAUUUGUAACUGGGUGGGGUGUAACACAAGCCUUGAAACUUGGUGAGGACCCCGAGCCUGAAAACAGAUACUCAACGCGUCUUCAAUACUCUGCUUACACAAUUCAAAGUGACCAACUAUGUGCAAACAGAUCCGUGAUUGCUAUUAACUCUACCGUGGCGUUUUGUGCCGGAGAUGGAAAAGGUGGAAACGAUACAUGUCAUGGUGACAGUGGUGGAGCUUUUGUUCGAGAAGGAAAAAGAGGAGAGGACUUCAGAUGGGUGGCAACUGGACUCGUCAGCUGGGGUUCGGGUUGUGCACAAAAGGACCAGUAUGGAUACUACACAAGGGUGUAUCCAUUCACUGAUUGGAUAAAGAAUACUAUUAAGGAAAAUACCAAGGCAGAUGACUGAGCCUUGUUAGUGCUGUGAUGCACUCGCGCACACAGAAAACAAAAUCACUACUUUUUAAAGCAUUGUUAUCGACUUCUUUUUCCGAAAUGCACUGAUCAACGUAAAAUUAGACAGUUUAAAUAUAUGCAGUUUUAAAAUGAACAAAAAAUACCACCAGAAAAUUCUCAACGGCAAAUACAGUUAUCUUUCAUAGCUAAAUGCAACUUAUUCCAGGAUGAUGCGUGACUCAAAGACAUCGAAGGCAUCAAAAUAUGAAGACAUCAAAAUUCUGGAAUAACGACAGAAACUUGCUAGUGGGUUUUAAAUAAAUUGCUGGGUAAAUCGUGCUUCUAUUAUUCGGUUGUUUCUUUCGACAUAAUCUGAAUCUAACUGCAAUAAAAAUCUAUUGAAGAUUUGACUUGUUUUUGGCUAGCGCACACAAAAUGAAAUAUUACUAUAGAGAGCGAUGUAAAGUACAAUAAAAUAGCAAUUAAGUACA